AUGCAUGCUGUCCAGCGUCGCGAGCCGGGCGACCGCAAGGCUCUGGCCAAGGCACGUCGUUGUGUGGGGAGGAUCAACUCCUCCCUUGAGCAACAACGCCACCUCUUCGACGCCGAUGAGAAGAUGUGCGUCGAGCGCGUUAUGACGGCGGCUAAGUCGAAGGUUCCUGCCAGGUAUGUUGAGAAUUCCUUGCAGCGGUCUGGGUCGCCUAUUUUGCCUCCCGACGACGCCGAUAAUGGUGUCACCUGCCUAAUACCGGGGGCCAGGCUGAUCGAGUUCUUUACGGUGUUUCCAGUACGGUGCAUGCUUUCGAACCCUUGGCGCCUGUUGGGUACCGUUUCGUGGUGCCUUGAGCCGUCUUCCUUUGGCAGCAAGCAACAUAGGGUUGCUAUAGAUGCGCCCUGUGCUGAUGAGAUUGAAGCUCAAGUACAGCGGUUCGUGGAACCUCAAGGCCCGGUCUGGACGGUGUUGGGUAUGACAUUUACAAGCUGUUCCUACCCCAGCUUCUGCCUACAACCCAUGCAGCAUUUGCAAGCGUGUGCCGCAGAGAUGGAAGGUUAA